ACCAAUUUAACCGAUGGCCAGACUCUCAUUUCGAAAUCUUCCCGCAGAGUUUCUCACUGAAACUUUCAACACAUUCUGGUGGGUCUGGUUUCUGGUCUUUUCCUGCUAUAGAAUCCAAGAAACUUUGAAGAUCAGAGGUGAAGCAGCUGAGAUCGUCACCAUGGGUGGUUUCAGGGGUGGACGAAACGGCAGGAAUUUGGUCAGAAUCCUGGUUAUGUCGGUUUUUAGGCGUCUCCGACAUGAUUUCUGGUUUUUCUCGGUCAUUUUUGCGAGGGAAGCUGCAGGUAUGCCGACAUUUUCAGAGACAACAAGUGCUUUUAGAAAUAGGUUCAGGUUUCAGGAAGCGCCUGGGACCUCAUCAGAGGUGGAAAGUUCACCUGCUUUGGCGAAAUCGGCGUCAAAAGAGUCGCCAGAUCAAUCUAUUUGUAGCAUUAGAUAUAGGGUUCAGAGUUUUUGAAAUACAUGAAGAUCCAUCUUCUGGAAAGACCACAAUGUUAAGGUCCUUGUUUAGUUUGAUUAUUUAUUUCUUUUUUUUUUCCUUAUUUUGUAUUCUUGUUUUUCAGUGUGUUCAAGUUGAUGCAAAUUUCUCUUAUGUGUUC